AGGUAAACAAACCGUCGAUCAAGAGAUACCUUAAAAUUAGAUGCACGGUUGUUUCGUUCAACAGACAGAUCGCGAUAGCUUUACAACGCGCAUCUUUCACAACUAGCUUCUCCUUUUUUUUAAACUUUCGAACUAUUUUUUUUUUGAAUAUCCAACUAGAUUUGAAAUUCAACCUUUCUUGACAUUUUCUAAAAGGUUUGGUUCUUUGGGAGUUUCUGGUGUACUGUGGACAUUAAACUGUGAUUGUUGCCCGGUAGUUGGUUGAAGAUAUAAAACACGCUUAUUGGCCUAGCGGUCGUAUAAUAUUCAUUACCAGGGCGUAACGUCUAUAAAACCAUAUUUUAUGAUGACGCUGGAGUAUCUUCACCCACAGCAAGCCGAGAACAUGUACAUCCACCACCCCUCCGCGUCGGGGGGCUUCCAGCAGCAAGGCAUCCAUCCGCCUCCUCCUGCUCCACCCCACCACCAGUUCGCAUCCACAGACUACUGGCAGCAGCUGCACGGCGUCACCGCCGGUGGCGACCAUUCCGCACCGGUAACAGGCGCCAGCUCCUCCGUGUCCAACACUGCCGUGAGCAACCAGCCCAACUCGACACCGGGUUGGACGAGCGGUGGGCUAGCCGGCGCCAUCACCGCCUCCGCCGGAGGAGCGGUGCCGGUGACGGAAUGGCAGUAUAUUCACCACGCCUCGCAGAAUUCAAACACGGCGUCGUGUCCGCCGACGACGUCGCUUUACACCGGAGUUUCUGACGACUUCGUUGGAGGUCAUAGUCAGGGGCAAGCCUAUGUUAGCCCCGGUGGGAUCCAAACAGUUGCCCAAGCUUUGCACCGGCCAAUGAUGACUACCUAUGACUGGAUGAAAAGCUCUACAUAUCGCUUCAACCCCCAAACAGGCAAGACGAGAACAAAAGACAAGUAUCGUGUUGUAUACACUGAUCAUCAGCGAUUGGAACUGGAGAAGGAGUUCCAUUACAGUCGGUAUAUUACUAUCAGACGAAAAAGCGAGCUUGCCUUAGCUUUGGGUCUCUCCGAAAGACAGGUGAAAAUUUGGUUCCAGAAUCGGCGAGCUAAGGAACGAAAGAUGGCAAAGAAAAUAAAGAUGCAAGAUGGGCAGUCGCAUAUUCAGUCAACGCAUAAUGAAGAUGAUCGUAGUCCGAACGAACGUCAUCAUGGUCAUAAAGAAUUUAAUCAUCCAAGUCAACACAGUCAUCAUCAUCCUCCUCAUCAUAACACCCACCAUCAUAGCCAUCAUCAUGCCGUUUUACAGCAUUCAUCAAGCCCUAACCAAACCGCAGUCGACACCAAGCCCAAACUCCCUAUCAUCCCCGCGACCGCGAUGACCACGGUAUCCGCCGAGGUCAUCAAGACGACCCCGUUGACGCCAACGACGUCGCCGCCGCAUCACGUUACUUUGCAGUCAAACGAUGCCACCAUGGAUGGCAGGGCGCUGACGAGCAGCCACGCCUUGAGCUCCGGCGCAGACACGAUCGACAAUUCGUUGCAUAUUCCCAUCACCGCUGCCGAAGUUGCAAAUCUUGUUUUAGUAAGUAAUAAGAAUUCCAUACUUCAAGCACAGUGAUCUAUAUACCUACACUAAACAAUACCCGGUUAAUACUUGCACGCAUUGUGGUGCCCGUAUUGAUGCGUGCCAGUGCGGGACACUUGGUGGCAUGACUUGGCUAAAGCACUGAUCUCUCAGUGGGCUAAAGUUGGCUUUAUCAAUUCACGCAUUGUCCCAAUACGUUCACGACAUAGUCGCGACAUGUUUCCGCAUUGCUUGUGC